AUGCUGAAUCAUAUUGGAAAAAAAAAAAAAAAAAUAAAAAAACUGAUUAAUGAAAAAAUAGAAGAUUAUUAUAUAAUAAAAGGUUUCUUACCAAUAUGUGAAGAAUUCUUAUUAAAAAAUUAUAAGCAUUUGUUUGACGAUGUUAUAAAUAAGUAUGAAGAAAAAACAAACAGCCAGCAUGGCAAUAAAAAUGGCAAUAAAAAUGGUGAUAUAAAUUGUAGUAAAGAUUGUGAUAAAAAUUGUGAUAAAAAUUGUGGUAAAAAUUGUGGUAAAAGUGGCAAAGAUGAUGCACAUCAAUUUUGUACAAAAAAAGAGGAAACGAUUCAAGCCAAACAAUUUAAAAAUACUAACAUUAUUGCACCUUCAAAAAAAAGAAAAAAAAAUUAUGAAUCAGACAGGCAAUAUGAUGCUAUAAAUCAAUAUAAAAAAAAAAGACAAAAAUAUAAUUCUAACAAAUUUAAUCUAUAUGAAUGUUAUGUAAAAAUAACCAAAAAAUCUUUAAAAGAAUUUGACUUACCAUUUGAUCGAGCUGUUUUAUUAAAUGCUAUUGAUAAACAAAAUAACACUAAAAAAAUUAUAAAAAUUAUAAAUAAAAAAAAAGCAUUAAUUGCAUUUGGAGAAACAUGGACAAAUAUGAUAGAAUAUAUUUUUUCAAUUAGUCAACAUAAAAAUUUAAUGAAAAUAUAUGAUAUAUAUGAUGAUGGAAAAAAUUUUUAUUUAAUUAUGGAAAAGUUAAGAGGAAAAGAAUUAUUUUCAUUCUUAAUUUAUAAAAAACAAAUAAAGGAAAAUGUAUGUAAAUAUAUUUUAAUGCAAAUAUUACAAGCUGUUAAUUAUUUACAUUAUCACAAUAUUAUACAUAGAGAUAUAAAACCCGAAAAUUUAAUGUUUCGAAAUAAAAAAAGAAAAGAUAAAAAUUAUGAAUAUAAUUAUGAGCUAGUACUAAUAGAUUAUGACACUUGCCAAUUUAUAAAACCUCAGACAAUUUCUAAUUCACUUCCAGCCCUACCAAAUGCAGGCAUAAAAAGUGGCGGCCUAACGAGUGGUGGCCUAGCGAAUGGCGGGGUAGCGAAUUCCGGAGCAAGCAAGCCAAGGCAUAUUAAGCUAGUCGGGACAUAUGGAUAUAUAGCGCCUGAAAUUAUAAAAGGGUUAAACUAUUCGAUAACAUCCGAUAUAUGGUCUAUAGGAAUAAUUCUGUACAUAUUGAUUACAGGUAUUACACCACUUCCCAUGUGUUUUAUGGUUAAUUAUAGGAAUACAAAAGAGAUAUUAAUGAAAAAAGAAAAAAAAGGAAUAAAUUUUAGUUUAUUAUCUUUUAAUAAUUAUCCGUUAGCCAAAGAUUUAUGCCAACAAUUUUUACAAUUUGAUCCAAAAAAAAGAAUCCAAAAUAUAAAUAUUGCUUCUUAUCAUCCAUGGUUAAGAUUUUAUAAUAUGUCUAAAAAUAUAUACAUGACUAAUUCAUAUAGAAAUAAUGAUUCACAUAACACAUUGUCUUUUUAUUCUAACAAAGAUAGAUGCAAUAACGUUACACAUUCGAUCUCUGAUGCUGUUUCUCAUUCCGUUAUUAACAAAGAAAAUAAAUACAGCAUGCCUCUUAAACAUAUAAUGCCAGUGCAUUAUCAUAAAGCUUUUAAUUUGAAUCAUAAUAAUAAAUCCGAAUCACCAAACAAUUUUUUCAUUUAUAGUAAUAUAGAAAAAUUAGGUACCUUAAAAAAUAAAAAAGAUAACAAACAAUCAGAAAUAUAUACAUAUGAACCUAUAAAUCAACUAAUUUAUAAUAAUAAAAUAAUAAAACCAGAAAUGUAUAAUUAUAAUUUAAAUAAUUCUACACAUGUAUCAAAUAUUGUAAAAGAUUUUUAUCCAAACAUGAUUCAAGAAAAAAAUAAAAAUAUAUUAUUACAUAAUCUACAUUUCAAAAUUCAAAAAAAUAAUACAUAUAUAAAUAAAUAUAGUUUUAAACAAAACUAUUCUAAUAAUAUUUAUGAUAAAAAUUCAAAUGGAUAUAAACAUUUUAUACAUUUAUUUCAAAAUAUUAUAGAAAAAAAAAAAAAUAAUUUAUAUAAUUUUUCAUCUAUAAAUUUAAAUAAUAAUUCAAUACCACUUACAUAUACAGGCUAUAAAAAUCAUAUAUGUAUACAUCCCUUUUCUGAUUCUUAUAUAAAUAAUUCUCAACAAUUUAUUAAUAAUUAUAUUACCAACCCUAAUUUAUAUAAUUCAAAUAUAUCUCAACCUCAAAAUCGAUCACCAAAUUUAACCACUUCUUUAUAUUCAAUUGGCUAUAAAAGCGGCUCAAGCCAAAAAGUGAAUCAAGCAGAAGCAGAAGAUGCAGGAGAUGUAGAAGAAACAGAAGAUGUAGAAGAAGCAGAAGAUGUAGAAGAAGCAGACGAUGCAGAAGAUGUAGAAGAUGUAGAAGUAGAUGGCGAACCAAGAGACAGACUAUAUCGCAACACGAACAGAUUGGGCAAUUUCCAAGCAACCAACAAAUAUAACGAUAUAAUUAAAAAUUCAGAAAAUGAGUCUGACAUUUUGUAUGUACCCAAAAUAAAUCAACAAUAUAUGGAAGAUAUAUAUACAAACGUAAAUUUCCAAAAUGACAAUAAUUCAGUUACAAUACCAUAUAAUAUUACAGAUCAAAAUUUUUGUCAUAUAUUUUAUUCUAGAUAUCCUCAAAAUAAUAAUGAUAUAUUUAAUAACACAAAUGAAGAAGAUAAAAAAAUAUUUUGUCCAAUACAUAAUUAUAUAACUAAUAAUUAUGAUAAUUUAUAUAAUCCACCAAUAAAUAAAUUUAAUUCUUCUUCUAUAUAUUCUAAUAAUACAAAUAACUUAUUUUAUUUUAAUAAUAAAUAUAAUAAUUUUUAUAAAAAUGUGUUAAACAAUAUUUAUUUAUCUUCAUCAAACGAUGUAAAUUGUUUCAAUAAAAUAAAUAAUUAUAAUAAUGAUAUUAUGAAUAAAAAUAAUCUUAUUUUAGACACCUUAUUAACAAACAAUGAACCAUUUAAUUAUCUUCAUCUCCAAAAAAAUAAUAAUAUUUAUCCAUAUCAAGAUAUUUCAAAUAACAAUUAUUCUUGUAUAUAUACACAAAAUAAAUUAACAAAAUAUAUUAAUAAUCAUCCUUCAUAUAUUAUUAACACAAUACAUACUAAUCAAAUAUCAUCACAAAAAUUAAACACCUUAAAUAAGUCAGCAAAUAAAAACCCUUAA